GGCUAAUGUCAAAACAUAAAUCACGUCUGGUUGAACCAAAACAUCGAGGAAAAUCGACAACGCAAAUAAUGAAGUGCAUGAUACCUGGAAGCAACAUUAAAGUGUUUGGAAGGAGUAUUCACUGUUUAUCAAAGAUUGGAGAAGAUUUAUACAUUGAGCCGCUAGAAAAUGGGCUAGCUCUCAGGACUGCUAACUCAUCAAGGUCAGCCUACGCCUGUUUUGUGUUUGCUCCGAGCUUUUUCUUGUCUUACACUACUUGGUCCCAGGCACAAGAAAAUGGAACAUCAUCGGAGCAGGAGGAAGAAGACGGUUUGCGUUGUAGAAUCACAAUGAAGUCUUGCCUGUCUGUCUUUAAGUCUCUGUCAACAUUGGAAAAAACUGUGGAUAAAUGUCAGAUGCACCUCGAUCUAAAGGAGUGUAGGUUGGUGUUUCUACUGUACUGUAAACAUGGCAUUGUGAAGACCUAUAAUCUCACUUAUCAAGAGACAGAAUCGCUGCAGGCAGUGUAUUCCAAGAACCUCUGCCCUAAUCACAUCAUUUCUCAUUCCAAGACAUUGGCCGAUGUUGUUAGUGGUUUCCAAACGGCACAAGAGGAGAUAUCACUGACAGUCAACCCUCAACAGGUCACUUUCAAGAAUUAUGUUGAAGAUGAACCAGAUCCCAAUAAGGUUGUGCAUUCUGAGAUGUUUCUCAGCCCCAGUGAGUUUGAAGACUAUACCAUUGGUGUGGAUGCUGAAAUCACCUUCUGCCUGAAAGAACUCAGAGCUAUCUUGACUUUUGCCGAUGCUGCAGGGUUGCCAGUUUCUCUCCACUUUGAGUCAACUGGAAAGCCUGUUGUUUUUGCAAUGGAGCUGGAGCAGACACUAGAAGCAACCUUUGUCUUAGCAACAUUAGCUGAUCUUCCAUCUAGUCAAGGUUUAUCUCAGAAGAAGAGUCUUCAUCAAGCUAGUCAAAGGGUACUUGAGAAGCAAGCUGGGUCAGUCAGUUCUACAUUAAGUAGAAGGCAUACAGGCGACGGUGACAAAUCACACAGGAAAGCCAGGAGUACAGCUAUCAACCAAACAAGUGAAGUUGAAUUCCCUAAUGACUUGAAUAUGCAGAAGAACAACCAUUGGAACAAGCCAUCCACAUCCACUGAGCGGCUACCAGAUAGACAAUCCCACAGUAACGUUCCAGUCAGGGGUUCCAGCAGCCCAGUCCUUCCUGUACACUCAUUGCCAAAACCAUCCAACAGACCAAGCCUAUUCCCAGAACUCAAUCAAAACCAAGUACAUGUACAACAUCAGGAAAGAACUCAUGCAAAACAACCUGAUAGGACCCAGCUUGUCAAUGUAGAGGAGAGUAAGAAGCCAUGUAACAGUGAUCAGCAUGAAGCAAACAGCAGUCAUCUUGGUGACUCGGUUCAUAUGAGUGACAAUGAAGAUGAUGACAUUGUGCCUACAACACCACCAAGCAAAAAGUUCAAGUCAAUGUUCUUUGGUCCAUCACAACAGAAGAGUCAGUCCUCCCAGCCUACUCAAGCAGCCCCUGCUGCUGUGGUCUUAUGUGAAGACACAGAUGAUGAUGACUCAGAUUAAAGGACUGUCAGGGUUAGUUCUAGCCUCGGCCCAAUUUCAUACUUGGUAACGAGCAAUGUAUCAAACUUACUUACUUACUUGGUAACGAGCAAUGGAGAGCUGUUGAUAGUAUAAUCGAUGUGAGAAACGUUUCCCUCUGACGUAACACAGUUUUUGAGAAAAAAGUAAUUUCUCAUUCAAAUAAUAAAAGACUUCAGCUGAAGUCUUUUAUUAUGAC